GGCAUCUCAGUUUUCCCUCUAUGCCUCAUCCAAGUAACCCUAUUCUCCAGCACUUCUUUCUCUCUCUAGGUUGGCCCCAUUUUAUUUGUGUUUUUGAUACCAAUCAACCUUCUUCUCGCCCACACACUUUGGCAGGCCAAAACUAAACGCAAGCUCCCAUGGUGAAUCACAUCCUUUUAAUAGGAAUCAUGUCUUAGGAGUGAUGACUGCUUAGUGGCUCUUAAUAGGCGUCAACGUAGCUUGAGUCUUCCUUACGGCAAACCCUGCUGGGAUACAACCAAACCGCGGCUGAUAUAAAGCCACCUCCCUCUCCUCCCUCCCUCACUGUGCCCGCCUUUCUCUCUCUAACGCCCGCCCAUACUUCUAAUCCAGCUCUAUCCGAUGGGCACUCCACAGUUUGGUUCCAUUUGAUAUCUUCUGUUGGUUUUCACCAUACCAACCUGGUUUUUUUGCUCUCCUUUGCCCUCUCCUGCAGCGAAGAUGAUGAGCCAUGGCGUGUUGAAGCUGCCUCCUGGUUUUAGAUUUCACCCAACCGACGAGGAGCUUGUGAUUCAAUACCUGAGGCGCAGGGCGUUGUCCAUUCCGCUGCCUGCUGCUAUCAUAUCUGACAUAGAUAUCUGCAAGUAUGAUCCAUGGGAUUUGCCUGGUGAUGGGGAGAAUGCCAAGUACUUCUUCACAAGGAAGGAAACUAAGUACCCAAACGGGAAGAGGUCAAACAGGGCUUGUGCAUCUGGCUACUGGAAGGCCACUGGGAAGGACAGGGCGGUCCAUGCAUCCAGAAGCAACCUGGUUGUGGGUAUGAAGAAGAGCCUGGUGUUUUACAGGGGGAAGGCUCCUAAGGGAGCCAAGACCGAGUGGGUCAUGCACGAGUACAGGCUCAGUGAUUUUGGGCUUCAACCUUUCGUGUCAUUGCAGAUGAAGAACUCAAUCCAAAUUCCCAUGGAAGAUUGGGUUCUCUGCCGCAUAUUUCAGAAAAAGACUGCCCAGAGAAGACACACGAUCCUCCAAUACAUGGAGGGCCCUUGCAACAUGGCAAGGCCCAGGAGUCCAGCCAGGCCGGUUCUCAUUGACUUCAUGAUGGAGAACCAGAGAGAUUCCGAGACUUCAUCAGCGUCCAGCAGCAUCACGGAAGUCUCUUCCUGUGAAGCAAGUGACUCUGGGGACAGCAUCUCCAGCAGCAAGAGGGAGUAGUAGGGACGAGCCUCUUCCGGUCUCUUCGGUUGCAGCAUAAGGGAAAAGUAUGGCCCAACAAUGGACAGAGAACAGAUGUUUCAGCUUCAUUUAACCAGUUGUUGACCCCGCUGCAGCCUCCCUUUCCCCCUUCUUUUUCUUCUUUCCAUCCCCCUUUUCUUUCUCUUUCUUGUUUCUCUGCAUAGUUUUUUUACCCCUUUGAACUGCAAAAGAGAAAUGGAUGAGCAGCACCAGAAACGGCUGUUAACAUGUAGUCUGUACCCUGUAAGAGCGGAGAGCCUGUGAAUAGAAACUGCAAGUUCAGACCAAA